AUCUUUGAUUGUGUUAGAUAUGGGAUUUAAUGUGGGUCUUUGGGUAUGAUUGUGUGGGUGGGUUGAUUGAUUUUUGGUGCUUGGAAAUGGGUGUUCUCAGAUUUGGUAUUUGAAGCCAUUGUUUGGGUUUACAGAGACCCAAUUGGGGGGCUUUGAAUUGUAGUCCUUGGUGUUUUGGAUUUUUGUGUAGAAAGUGAGUGAGGCGAGAAAGGAUUUACAUGCGAAGAUGGCUGAUGCAGCCGCGUUCAUAGAGGCUGCGGGAUCAAGAUUUAAUUCUUUGGAGCUCAUUGGGAGAGGAUCAUUUGGCGACGUCUAUAAAGGGUUUGAUAAGGAGCUUAACAAAGAAGUAGCUAUUAAAGUAAUUGAUUUGGAAGAGUCAGAGGAUGAAAUUGAGGACAUUCAAAAGGAAAUUUCUGUUUUGUCACAAUGUCGAUCUCCUUAUAUUACCGAGUACUAUGGUUCCUUUCUCCAUCAGACUAAACUAUGGAUCAUAAUGGAAUACAUGGCUGGUGGCUCUGUUGCUGACCUACUCCAAUCAGGUCCUCCAUUGGAUGAAAUAUCAAUUGCUUGCAUAUUACGUGACUUGCUGCAUGCAAUUGAAUAUCUGCACAAUGAAGGAAAAAUCCACAGAGAUAUUAAAGCGGCAAACAUUUUAUUGACCGAGAAUGGUGAUGUUAAGGUUGCAGAUUUUGGCGUUUCUGCACAGUUAACAAGGACUAUUUCAAGGAGAAAGACAUUUGUGGGAACACCUUUCUGGAUGGCACCAGAAGUUAUUCAGAAUUCUGAAGGUUACAAUGAGAAGGCAGAUAUAUGGUCUUUGGGGAUAACUGCAAUUGAGAUGGCCAAAGGGGAACCCCCACUUGCAGAUCUUCACCCUAUGAGAGUUCUUUUUAUCAUACCUCGAGAAAAUCCACCACAGCUGGAUGAUCAUUUUUACAAACCAAUGAAAGAAUUUGUAUCGUUGUGUUUAAAAAAAGUACCAGCAGAGAGACCAAGUGCCAAGGAACUUCUCAAACACCGUUUCAUAAAAACUGCUAGGAAGAGUCAAAGGCUUUUGGAGAGAAUAAGAGAGCGUCCAAAAUACCAAUUAAAGGAAGAUGAAGACUUUUCUCGGAAUGGUUUUAGAGCUGUUGGGGACGCAUCUGAUACUGUAAAAGGGACAAGAGAUCUAAGUGGAGAAGAAACAGUUAGAGCCAGUGGUCAGGGGAAACCUUUAAAAAAUGCUGGAUGGGACUUCAGCAUUGGUGGAUCACAGAGUACGGGGACUGUUCGCAGUGUUGUAAGACCACCUCCAGUUAGAGAGAGGAGGCCAGAAGUUUCAAAUAAUCAAGCUACCCAAAGAAGAACUCCAGAGAGUGGUCAUCAAGGAUUGUCUGCAUCUGGAAAUGCACAUCAUGCUUUACCAGAGGUUUCCUUUGGGAGAGAUGCUAGAGAACAAUACCACAAUGAACACCAGGAUAAUUACCAUGAAGAUGAUGAAUUAUAUGGGAGUGGGUCUGGAACUGUUGUUAUACGAUCUCCCAGAGGAUCUCACUCAGCUCCUUUGUUUCAUGAUCAAAGCACGCAGUCUAGUGGCACAUCUGCAACUUUUGAAGAUUCAUCUACCAGUGGAACUGUAGUUUUCCGUGGCCAAAAUGAUGACUCAGACUCUCCUCGAACUCCAAAAUCCAGACUGGGAAUUCAAGAGAAAACUUAUACUGCCUCACUUGAAGACAGUGCGAUAAAUCUUGCAGAGGCAAAGGCUGCACUUCAAGCAGGAUUGAGGAGAGGAAAUGCUAAAGAAAGAUCUGGACCAGUAAAGAUCAGCAAUAACUGGCUGGAAAAUAGAAGAGAACUGGUGACAAGCAGCUCAGAUUCUUCUAGGCAUUCUCGUGAAUACUUUGAUGCACAAAAAGGAUUUUUGAGAUCACAUCAUACAAGUGAUGAAGAAGAAAGUCAAAAAAUAGCACCACCGUCUGUGCCAUUGUCAGUUUUGCUUAUUCCUUCACUAAAAGAGACCAUAGCUGAAGAUGCAGAAGGGGCUGUUGUGCGCGCGGUUACAAAUUCCCUCAUAAAUAUGGAACGCAUGAAACCUGGAUCCUGUGAAGUUUUUUUGAGGAGGUUGCUUCAGAAACUGUCAAGUUCAAGGGAAUCUUCACUGAAAGACCUACAGGAGCUCGCUGCUCUCUUGUUCUCCAAGGGCAAGACAACACCUGAAGAAAUGCAAAAUGUAAAUUCAGAAAAUGAUUACAAGAAAAAGCAACAGAACAAGGAACUUAAUUCAAAUGCCAAUUUAAGCCCACUUGCAAGAUUUCUGCUCUCGAGAUGGCAAGGCCAAGUUUCACGAGAUCUCAACCCUGCUUAAUUGAAGAUGCUGGUCCAGUGGCUGCAUAUUUGUUUUUGUGGUGUGUUUUCUGUUUAUGCAUUUGUUUGGGUUCGAUGUACAUA